AGUGCAUACACAAAUUCGCCGCUGUGCAUUCACACUAGUAAUGCGAGAAAUGUCAAAUUAGAUACUAUUGUCUGCAUUGUUUAGUUUAUACUCUGUCACUUAGAUCUACUGGGACUCAAUCACAGUUCUUGCGCUUGUGCAAUAAUUUUACUCAUCGCCGGUGCCGAAAUUCAAAGUUUGCACAUCAGAUAGUUCGUGAUUGUUUAAUUUAAAAACUUUUGUUCAAUUAAGGAGUUUCAAUACAAUCCUAACAAUGACAAAUUACAAAGAACAGUAUAAAGAGUUAAAAAAACAGCUCAAGUAUUUGUUGUAUGAAAAUGAAUCAUUUCAAGAAGCUUUGAGAUCAACGCAAAGACAGCUUUUGAAAGUCAAUAGGGAUAAAAAUUUUUUGUUAGAUCGAAUAUUAAAUUUUGAACAAGUUUAUAUGUCUAUGAGUGAAAGUAAUAAUGACACUGAUUCAUCGGAAGAAGAAAGUGCAGAAAUAAGAAACUUGAAAAGGAAAAAACCAGACUAUCCAGAAACCAAUUCUUCCCCUUAUUAUGCUGUAGAACAAAAUAAAGUUAUGGCUUCAUGCAAAAGGAAAAAAACUGUGAACAAAUUAAUCAAACAAGAAGUAUUUUCACCAGAAGUCAACAAUGCACAUCCUGGAUCGUCUAUAUCUGAUGGACAUAUGACACCAGAAGAAGUUGAAAAGCAUUUAGAAUCUCGCCGCAGUUACCUAGAACUGGUGCCUGAAAAAGCUCCACCAACAGUUCCCAUUGAUAUGUUCAGUAAUGACAUCUCGCCAGGAAAAUUAUAAUGCAGAACUACUUUAGGCAACUCAAAAAAACUCUAGUUCAAAUAUUUUUAAUAACAGCAUCUUCUUUGAUAAUUUGUAUUCAAGUGCAACAAAACUCAUAUAAGAUGCAUCAGUGUUGAUGAGAGACAAUAUUUUUUAAGUGUAAAUAUGUUAUGUGUAAGUCUUGCAUCUAUAAAUAGAAUAUAUAAUGAUCGUGAAAAUGAUUAAAAACAAUUUAGUAUAA